ACUAGCCCCUGGUUAACAUUCACUUCUAGAGCCGAGAGGCAGCGCGUUUGUCUUCGGCGCGUGCGUGAUGCCAUAGCUAUGGUGGCGAGAGCAGUGCAGUGCCCACGCGCAUGGAAUGUCGGUGGUGACAUCUGAGCUCACCCGCCCGCCACGCUGAAGACAUGGGGGGGUGACUUGGCAGAGGUUGUGCCAAGGCAGCUUGUGCCCAGGCAGCAUUGCUCCAGGCAGACAUGCGCUACAGUACAUGCCAUGGCUAGUGGACAGUCAUCGGCCUUUUUCUAUGCUCCGCGCCGCACUGUGCAUGAGUUUCGGAAGAGGACAAGCGCGCCUCAAUUCUCCAGCAUCGAGGCGCGCGGAUUGGUGGCGGUGGCAUUUGCUUCGACCCGACCCGAGCCGCCAUUGCCAUCGCACUCCGCAGACAUGGGAGAGGCAUCUGCCCCAUAAAUAGGAUUUAAGAGGCAGGCAUGGCCAGACCGUUCCUCACCAGCUCUCGCCUUCACCAUUCACCCUCGAAACUGUCCUGCACUUGCUGCUCGUGCAUUCUCCUCCAUCCGCUUCUGCCUGAUUUCCCCUCUACUAGUAUUACCGAAGCGCCUCAUAACGCGUAUUAUCAUGGCUGCGCUUAAGCUGUCGCUCGCAUUGCCCAUGCUCGUCGCGCUGCUGCUGGCCGCCGCGUCCCUGGCGGCGGCGCAGGGCCCGCCCAAGGCGGAGGUGGUGGCGGAGCUUCAGGGGCUCAAGCGCGCGCUCAGGUUCCGCCCCAAGUACUCGCUCAUCCGCCGCGUCGCCAGCAUCCUGCUCUCCCGCCAAGACGAUUUUCCCGAAGACUUUGACUUCAGUGACGUGGUGAACAAGACCCUUCUCCUACCAACCAAUGCUGCCAUCAUCGGUGCGGGCGUGCGCAAGAUCCCCACCAACGAGGCGGAGGGCGAGCAGUACGAGGCCCUGGGGCUCAUGAACGUGCUUGACGGGUACCUCACUAUGGAGGACAUCAAGGCGCCCGGGGCCACCUUCACCACGGUGCACGACGGGACGGCUCUGACGGUCAAGGAGACCCGCAGUGGCGGGGUGGUCGCGCUCGGGCAGGACGGGCAGAAGCGCGGCAAGUGGUCCGUGGUUGUGGAUCCGACUCUGUUCAAGGGCAAGUUCGUUGUUGUGCAUGGGGUCAACAGGAUGCAACUGCCUUAGGCGGGGAGGGGGGAGAAGAGGGGGAGGGGACGGGGGGGAGGGGGGAGGACGGGCAGAAGCACGGCAAGUGGUGGGUGGUUGUGGAUCCGACACUGUUCAAGGGGUGUGCUCUCGUGGCGGUCAUUUUCUUCAGGCGGUGGUUCCUUCCUAGCUGCUGUGGCUGCGCAAGUAUUCAAAGGUUGGCAUCUUGCCAACCAUGCACCCUUCCUAGUUGCGUCUCCUCCUACUCUUUGUCAUCUUCUGCCCUCUCAUCUGUCGCUACUCUUUCUUCGCUCAUGGGGGGAGGGAGAAAGAGUAGCGAGAGGAGAGAGAGAAGCACGAAGAGAGUGCAGGAGGACGAGACGAGAUCUAGGAUGCUUGUUUCAUGUGUGCCUUAUGUUUACUUCGCUAUUUCAUUUCAUCAAUGCAAUUCUAACGUUUCCAUCCA